AUGUCUUUGAUCAAUGUCCCUGCCGCCAUACAUGGCGAAAGCCCACUGGCCAACGACAUUCACAAUGAUUAUCUGGAAAACCCAAUCCUUUUCGCAGAAAAUCCCGAGCAUUGGACCAGGUCACUUGAGUCUUAUGAACUUCAGAUGAUGGAAACUCCCUUGGAUCCAUUUGCUAGUCCGAAUUUCGAAGUGUAUGACCUCGUCCUCGAUGAAGCCGUUCGAAGCGAGAAUUUGAGAAUGCGAGCUUUGGACCAACUUGUCAUAGAGCAUCAACAUGAUGACAUGAUGUUGGCGAUAUAUAAGUCGCUGAAGCAUUUGGAGCGGCAGAAGCAGAUCGCCCACGAAGAAGCCCGCCGAGGUCUCCGACGAUUGAAUGAAGACCAGAAGAUACAAAAACAAUACGCGCGUGAGGAAGCUGACAAGUUGAAUAAAGUCAGAGAGAAGGAUGAUCCUGAUUUUGAACGCAGAGCUGCGCUUCAGAACCGACACGAAAGUUGGAAACGUCCUUCACCCAUAGAGCAAGAAGAAGUAGCUAAGCCGAAGGAUGAUCAGAUGGCUGAUGGCCGCCGAUUGGCGGAUUUCUAUCCGCUUGAUCAACUCAAGCGAAGAGUAUUACGGCCCAUGCUCGAAGAAAGAGUCAAGGCGACAAGUGAUGAAAAGGAGAUCCGCCAAAAAAUGCGAACCUCUUCUUCUCCUAUCGUUUCCAUUCCCGAGCAUGUUAGUCGGUAUCUGGAAAGGCAAACGGCAAGAGCUAAUUACGAAGCUUUCAUGGAGCGCGACGAAUGUGAGCGAAUAAAGAGGGAGAUCAGACGUAGUGUCGAACGCAAGUUUUUGGAGAUGGAGGCGAAAGAGGAGACAUACGCCGUUGGCAAAGAAAAAAUAUAUCCUACCACGCAAGAAUACAUCGAAGCAUUGGAGAUUGCUAAAUCGGAGUUCGCAAGUCUGCAGGAGCGAUCCCUUGAGGAUAUUUCCAAUGAGAUCCCACUAUACCGGGCGAGGAUCGAGGAGCAAGAUCCACGGUCUGGAAUUCUGUCACAGAUUACCGAAGCAAGUCACGAAUCAAGCCACGAAUCAAAUCAGGGACCGACUCACGAGUUGAGUGUCCUACCAGCUUUCAACAAACUCAGCCUCGACAAUCCAACUUAUGAGGGCGGCAAUAAUCACGACGGAUUUCCGGAGCAGCAUCAUGACGAGGAUCAUGGGGUUGAUGCACAUUCCGGUGCUUGUCCUUUGGAGCACGACAACAGUCAACGUCCAGAAUUCCUUGGACCGCUGGAUAUGUGA